AUGCAGCUACCGCACUAUACCGUUCAUGAGGCAGAAAGUUGCGCCGAUGCCGUAAACACAACACAAUGGGACAUGCGUAACUACGAUGGCGAGGAAAUUCGUGUUCAAUUGGCGUGGCCAUUAGCGUGGAGAACCCCCUCGGAGCAAGGUGCUUCAGCCCCGGUAAUCUACGUUCUUGACGGAAACACACUCUUCUUCAGUGCAGUAGAGACCGUCAGGCGCAGUACUGCGCUGCAAACCAGCGAGGACGCCAUCGUCGUUGGCAUCGGAUAUCCUCCUACAGCGUCCGCAUCCCCGUACGAUCCCCGAAGAAACUAUGACCUAACGCCUCCGUCUCCAACUUACACUCCUCCACGUGGACCUGAUGGAAAACCCCAUCCUGCGCCACACGGAGGCGCUACGAAAUUUCUGCAAUUUGUCACACAAUCGGUUCGAGAGUUCUUAUUCUCGGAUAUUUGUGAAGGAGUCACACCCAGCAAGGAAGUAUUGGUUGGCCACUCAUUCGGCGGACUCUGCACUCUACAUGCUUUGUUUAGUUCUCUCACGCCAUUCACCACCUUCAUUGCCUUGAGCCCUUCAAUAUGGUGGAACGAUAGAUAUAUUCUUUCCGAGGAAGAACACUUUCGCAACUCCAGCGUUGUCGGUCAGAAGCCAACCUUGCUGAUUGCCUAUGGGUCUUAUGAGCAAGAACCAAGACGUCGUCCUAGCUGGAGUGAAGAAUGGUAUUCACGGAUACGGGAUAAGUGUCAUGAAAGGCGUAUGAAAGACAACGCCGAUGAAAUGGCUGGGCGCCUAAGGGCAAGUAGCAAGCUUGAAGCACUUCAUGUGCGAGAGUAUAAUGGCGAGGACCAUGGAAGUCUGGCGGCUUGUGGCUUAAGCUGGGGGAUAAGUGCAGUUUUGGAUGAGGAUAGAUUUGAAUGA